AGAUUGUAAUGUUGAAAAAAUAGUUUAUCACCAGCGCCAGCUGUCAACGUGUAACUCGAACAUUUUGAAAUAGCAGUAAUCUAUACGAUCGUGCUACGAAGGGAAAUGGCGACCUCUUUGACCAUACAUGCUGUACUCAUUAAUGUUAAAUAGCACAUCACAAAACCGAAUCAGGAGUUGAAAAGGAAACCAGCAACACUCGUUUGACACAAUACCAGCGAUUUUUCCCCAAAGUGUAUAGCAUCUGGGAGUCUCCUACAAGUUCGACUUUAUACGAGUUUAUUUGCUGUUGUUGGAUUUCAUGUCGUUCUGAAAGCAAGUCUUUGUACAGCCAGAUUCGAUAUGAUGACAAGCGCUUAUGGUGGACAUGCUGUGGUUGUUCUUGUUCUAACGAUCUUCAGUUGUGAAACAGAAGGAUUUGGUGUGUCAAUCAUGAGAGGCAAGUAUCUUCCAGUCAUUGGCGAGGAUUUUACAUUGGUCUGCACGUACACACUACAGGCCAGAAAUAGGGAGAUCACGUGGGAGAAGGAUGGUGAAUCACUCGCAACAUGUGAUUGUGGGGAAGAUCGGUCCUGUAGGUUUACUGUUCUAGACCAAUGGAAAUUCAGCUUGUUGGCAGACGACUCCAGUGCUAAUCUUACGAUAAAACAACUGGUUGGUGACGACGGCGGCCAUUACAAAUGUUCUGUCCGCCAAACUGCCUUUUCCUACAAUACAGUAUCAAAGAGCAUGCACGUAACACCAUUACUACCAGUUCUUCCAUCUAGCACGACAAUCUUUCAAUCUGGAAAUGACAAAGUCCACCAGACAUCAACAGUUAUUUACGUUCAACAAGGUUCUUCGGCUUCGAUCACCUGUCAAAGUAUUGGAUCACGACCGGCAGUUGAAGUGACAUGGAGCAUUGACGACCCUGGUAUUCCUCCUGGAAAUAAAAGUCUGUCGAAGACUCAAAAUGCUCUAGACGGCAGUCUGUUUGAUACCAAAAGUACUUUCAAUUUUCAUCUGUGUAGGAAGUAUCUAGGGUUGAUUCUCUGGUGCUUUGUAUAUCUGGGUGAAGAUUUUGUCGAACGGCAGUAUGUUACAAUAUCAACCUAUGCACCACCGGAUGAGGUAGUUAUGACUUUCCUUGCUGAAUUAAAAGAAGGGAUAAAAGUCACCGUGAUCUGCAAGGCUGCUAAUGGAUACCCAGCUCCUCGCAUUUACUGGUACAUAGGAUCAAGAAAUAUGACAGGUCAUUCAUCCCUGAAUACAAGUGAAAAUGAGGCUGGUCGAUAUGAUGCUGAGGGUACUUUGACAUUCGUACCAAAGAGGUUGGACCAUGGGAAACAUCUCCUGUGCUUUGCAGUUCAAACUACAGUAUCCACCACGUGGUCUGUGAAUGAUAGCAUGGUUCUAAUUAUAACAGGAUUAUUGGAUUGGACACUAUCACUCUCAUCUCAAAUGGAGUACCAUAUUUGGUGCUUGUUUGCUCUUCUUGUUUUUGGCAAAGGCUCUCCCUUUACCGUGUCAACAGCCACGAUUUAUUUUCAACCAACGCAGACCCUACCAGUCAAAGGAGAAGAUUUUACGAUGGAGUGCAUUUAUUGGCCUCCUUCGAAUCUUCGCACUGUCAAGUGGAAACACGAAGAAACACCAAUUGCGUCUGAGUGGUGCACAACUGCAAGUGAAUGUACACCUAAUAUUUAUAAUCCUUCAAAGUACAAGUUAUUGGGAGAUGACAGCAGCACAUCCCUCACAAUAAUUAAUUUGAACACUGGUGACAAUGGGAUAUACACAUGCAAUGUGCUUAACCUACAUGGAGAACGUUCAGCGACUGAAAUACUGGAAGUACUAAAUCCAGUUCCACCCUCACGGGUUUUCAUGUCUGACGCCCACUGGGGCCGGCAAUACUUGAACAACGCCAAUAUAAGUAUAACUGCUGGAGAGUCGUUUAGCAUCACAUGUGAAGCAAAUAGGGCAAAGCCUCCUGCAGCACUGCAAUGGCUAGUACCAGAGGACGUGACCGUUGUUCAUCAGGAUCAAUCUGAUAUCAUUCAAGACGGAUCUUACAUCUCCAGGAAAACUUUGACAAUCACACCCACCAGAGUUGACCACGAAAAGAGUCUCAGCUGCAUCGCAUCACACCCGGAAAUACAAAGGAGUCUUAGAUCCUCAGUUCUUCUGAAUGUUCAUGGCUCCACUUCUACCAUGUCUUCAGCCACGAUUUCUUUCCAACCAAGACAGAUCCUACCCGUCAAAGGAGAAGAAUUUACGAUGAGGUGUACCUAUUCGCCUCCUCUAAAUGAUCGUACAGUACAUUGGACACACGAGGGCAUACAGGUUGCUUAUGAAUCGUGCACUUCUGCGAGUAGCUGUACAUCUAAUAUUCUCAAUCUUACAAAAUACAAGUUAAUGGGAGAUGACCGCAGCACAUCGCUUACAAUAAUCAAUUUAACCUCUAGUGACAAUGGGAUAUUUACAUGCAAUGUAUUUUACCCAGAUGGCAAACAUUCAGCGAAUGAAAUACUGGAAGUACUAAAUCCAGUUCCACCAUCACAGAUAUUUAUGUCUGAUACCCAAUCAGGCCGACAAUACUUGAACAACGCCAAUAUAAGUGUAAUUGCUGGGGAUUCGUAUAGCAUCACAUGUGGAGCAAAUAGAGCAAGGCCUCCUGCAGAAUUACACUGGCAAAUACCAGAGGACGUAACUGUUGAUCAUCAGGAUCAAUCUGAAGUCAUCCACUAUGGAUCUUACAUCUCCCAGAAAACUUUGGCAAUCACAUCCACCAGAGACGAUCACGGGAAGAUUCUUAGCUGCACCGCAUCACACCCAGAACUACAAAAUAAUAUCAGAUUCUCAGUUUUUGUGAAUGUUCAUGUUCUGCCGGCUAGUGUGCUUCUCUUUCCGACCGGAGGUAACCAGUCACAAUCAACAGUCCUAUAUGUUCAAGAAGAUUCACCGACUUCUAUCACGUGUAAAAGUAUUGGAUCAUUCCCAGCUACUGAACUAUCAUUCUGGUUAGUUAGUGAGUCUGACAGGACUCGGAUCCAUGGAAAUGUCUCAAGCAAUAUGAGUGUUGUAGACGACACUUUGUUUGACACUGAAAGUACCAUAACCAUAAGACCAGAUGCCAUUAACCAUGGAAUGCACAUUAUAUGCUCAUCGUAUAUGGAAGGCGCCUUCUUUGUUGAAAUAGUAGCAGUCAGACUAAUUGUUUACGGACUACAAGACAAAGUAGUAAUGACUGUCCCAGGUGAUAUGCUCGAAGGCAGAGAGAGUAAAGUAACCUGUAGAGCUCGUAACGGAUACCCGGCUCCGCUGCUACGUUGGUACAUCGGAUCCAAAAGUGUCACAAAUAGCUCAUCUCUUAAGAUCUCAGUCAACAGCGCUGAAAGAUAUGAUGUUGUAAGCACUCUGAUCUUCAUACCAAAUAAGUGUAACCAUGGGAAACGUAUUUUCUGUCAGACAGUUCAACCUAUGUUAUCCACUGUGCCGUCCGUGAAUAACUUAUGCGAGCUUAGGAGACCAUUGGCAGUAAUGACAAAUUAUUUAUGGCAGAUGAUUCAAGAAUUACAGAAAUGAAUGAAUGAAAAACUAUCUACAACGAAAUUGAAAUGGAGUACAACAGUUCCAAUCAGUUAUGACUCAUCGUCAUACUUAAGACACGGUUUAUCAAGGCUGUAGAGAUAAGUUUUUCCGGGGAGGGGGGCAAGACGUAUACAAUUUUUCGGAAAAACUCGAAAGGAGGGAGGAGGCAACUUGUCUCGUGAAGGUUUUGACAUGUUUAAAGUGAAAAUGAAGGAU